UGGCCGAGAGGUUAAGGCGUUGGACUCGAAAUCCAAUGGGGUUUCCCCGCACAGAAUGGCAAACUCGUCGUCAAACGAAAAUGUGUGUCUGAUUAAAGAUCUUAAACCUGGAUUGAAAAACAUUAACUUGGUUUUCAUCGUCCUGGAAACUGGUCGAGUAUCUAAGACAAAGGAUGGACACGAAGUGCGUUCAUGUAAAGUAGCUGACAGGACCGGAAGUAUUACCAUAUCAGUGUGGGAUGAAGUGGGCAGCCUGAUACAAACUGGAGACAUCAUCCGACUCAAUCGAGGAUAUGCAUCUCUCUUCAAAGGCUGUCUUACACUGUAUAUUGGGAGAACGGGGGACCUUCAGAAGACCGGAGAGUUCUGUAUGAUUUUCUCAGAGGUGCCAAAUUUCAGUGAGCCCAACCCAGAGGUGCUGGCUAAAAUCAAUCAAAUAAACAACACCCACGUAAAAACAGAAGCUCAUGGCAGCACUCCCAGUAUACCGAAUCCUGGGCCUCCUGCUGGACCUACAGCAAACGACUCUGCUGUGUUUUCCCCUUCUCCUGUCCCCCGAGAGCCCUCCUAUGGUGCAGGUGGGCGUCAUUUGAACCGCAGUCAUUGGAACAGCGGCAGUGCUUCUCCAGUUCCAGGUGGAAGACAGGGAUCAAAACCCACGGUCACCAUCACCAAUGGACGGGAUCCUCGCCACGCCCUGAAGAGAUGAGAACAUGAAAAUUAUAUUUCAGUAUCAGAGACAAUGCUGUUUUGUAUUUAUUUUUCUGUGUUUAUUUUUUAACAAAUCUUCUGUUUGCUUGUUAGUUUGUUGGUUGAUUGAUGGGUUAAGGGUUAUUUGAUUUAUAAAUUAGAUCAACUUUUUUUCUGGAAUGAUGAGAGGGCAUUUUGCAGAAUAUGUGUAUAAAUAA